AUUCCAUUGAGGGCAUCAGGCGUCGUGUUCAGGGUGUUAUUGAAUCACCCUCUUAAUGUUAGUGUGUUGAUUCUAUUUUGAUAUUAUGGCGUUAUUUUGUCCGCUUUGUCACAGUGUAUUGUUUUUUAGUUGCAACCCUCCUCAAACAUCUACCUUUUCUUGUAUGCGUUGUGUUUACGAGCUACCUAUAUCGCGUCGUUACCACAAGUCUACUGUGUACACUCAAUUUGAGAAGGAGAUUCCUCGUUCUCCUCAUAGUGUGAAUGAGUUUGAGCACGCGCCUAAGAUUAUUGCUGUAUGUCCUUCGUGUCAUAACAAGGAAGCUUAUUUCAUGAGCAUCCAAACUCGUUCUGCUGACGAGCCCAUGACUCAGUUUUUCGUAUGUACGGCUUGCCGUCACCGUUGGAAGGAGUAGUUGCUUUUGAAACGUUGGACGUUGUCGAUAUUUAAUGGCCCUUAUCGCAUUUGUUAUGACCUUGC